UUCAUCCUCACAUUUUCUUUUUUCAAUCGGUUGCUAUAGCCGUGAUAAACAUUGACUAGCGUCUCUCAUCAAAUUUAAGUGGUAAAAUAGAUUUUGUUAUUCGAUUGCUUUCUAAAAUGCAAAACUUAGAUGAAAGUGAAGAUGGGGAAAUUUCUGACGAUGCCGGUGAUAUUGAGCCAUAUACCGCCUUAGAAAGACCUACAUCAUUUGCUCCCAUUCAUCAACCCCCCAAGCAGGUUACUGAGGAUACCGAAGAAUCCACUGAAUCCAGCAGCAGCAGUGAGGAUAGCAGCAGUGAUGAAGGACAGAGGCCAGCUAAGAGACGAAAAAAAUCUAAUGUCAGAGUAACAAAGCCCACUCAGUCAGGUCGGAAACACAAUGUUUGGAGUACUGUCGUCUUUGAGGAUCAGUUUGAGCAGGACUUAAAGGACAUUAAUGUGCAACACAGCAAGCAUUACCUUGAUAGGUCUAGGGAUGUUGAAUCGUACAAUUACGUACUCUGCAUGAAGAACCGUCUGGAAGAAGAAGAUAUUGAUGAAAAAACAGAACAAAGGAUUCGAAAAAAGAUUGCUGACUUGGAUGAGAAAUAUGGUGGGGAAACACCUGUGAUAGUAGAAGACUCAGUUGUUGAAGACUUUGAACAAAGUCUGCAAACUCAAAAGUUACUAAACUCUCGAAAAAGAAAAAUGGAGCAGAGGGAAACACAACCCCAAAACACUGUGCAACAACCAAGAUCCAGAACCCAACUCAGGCGUGUGGAGGAUUUGGCUGUUACUGAUAGUUCAAGUGUACUUGAAGUGGCCCAAGACAUAACUCUUAAGCUCCAUGAAGAAAAAAUGGACUUGAUUCUUCGUGUGGUGGAAAUCAUAGGCAAAGAACUUACCAUUAAGUUGUUUCGUGAAACGCAGGAAACCGAAAACGAUGGAGGUAUUAUGGUUGCGGAUGGAUCUCGACGUAGAACUCCUGGUGGAGUUUUCCUAUACUUGCUUCGUAACCACGAGGAAAUUCCAAUGGAAAAGAUUCGCGAAGUUUUCAGCCAAGAGACGAGAGCCAAAGAACAACACAAGCGAACUUUACGUGCAAAACGCCGGCAAGCUCAGGCCGAAAAACUAAAGCAAUCUCUUUCAUCAGCAAAUACUUUACCGGAAUUGCCAACACGAGCCGCAUUGGAGAUACAGAAGAGUCAACGAGAUUCACAAGUCGUGCCACCUGAAGGGAUGAGACAGUCACCUCAGGCAACGAUAGUGGAGCCUAUCGAUAGUCAAAUCGCUGAAAACGAAGUUGUUGACAUUCAAUUCGAUUGCGAAUGAUUCAGUUUCCCUAUCAAACCAACAAACCUGAGUUCCAUGUGUUCCCCGAUGAAACAACCUGAUUGUAUAAUUUUUUUUGCCAAGAUAAAAUGUGACGCGCGUGGAAAUGUUCCAAGAUGUCAUGUAAUGUCCAAAAUGUUCCAAGAAUGUACCGUAAUAAUACAGAAAACAUCCCUUACAGUUUUGCUUUCCCACCUAAAGUUUCUGCAGUUGCAUUUUUGUAUGCUUAGCCCACUUGUUUCCAAGGAAUACGACACUGAAAUCAAAAACGCAA